AAAGAUCAAAUUCUAGUUGCCAGUUUUAAAAUGUGGAUUAAAUUGUUAUUCGGUAUAUCGGUGCUUCUAUGCAGUACAGUAGUGAAUGCCCAGGAGAAAGACUGCAAAUUUCUUCCUACACCACAGUGCAUAGAAAAAUCAUUUAAAGAGCGAGGCAGACCCAAGGAAUGUCUGAAAAAUACAACGGAACAUCUUAAGAAAACGCUGAUUAUAAUAGGGGUGAAGCACCUGAAAUGCAUUAUUCAGAACGACGUUGAAGAUUUGGUAUAUGACUUAUAUCCACUGAUGACAUAUUUAUGGGCAGAAAGUUUAAGUCUGGGUUGUAAUGCCAAAGAGGGUUUACUUUGCUCAGACGUUUCACUACGAAUAUAUACGUUCAUGUUUCCAAUAGAUUUCAAUACCACGAAACUUAAUGAAGCUCUUUUAGAAUUGAAUGAAAAUCCCAAAAAGAAAUAUCCGCAAUGUUACGUGGAUUUUGUCAACGAAAUUCUUCCCGAAACUCAUAGCCUGAUCGCCAGUAUUCACGGCUGCCUAGUUUGAGUUACGCUACGAAGUAAAAAUGACCAACCACAAUAAAGUUGUCGGUUGUACAUUGCAAAACUUG